CCUGGACGAGGAACAGUCACUUCAAAGGGGAAUCCGCGAUGCUCCAGAAACUACGUGCUAGAUUCAAAUCCACCAAGACAAAUGGACAUGCCCGUAAAAGGCGUGACGACCGGCCCCGGCUCCCGCCCCCGAGCACGAACGACGACGACCGCGUCGCCACGGAGACCGAUACUCGCGUCUCUUGCCCGGGCAAGGCAAGGCCUGAUGAAUCCCCAAGAAGGAAUCUCUGGGAGGUUGCCGGAGAACGACUAGAUGGGAGGCAUCGAGAAGCUUUGGAGUUGGAAAGCGCUUCCUCUGUCACGAAGGCCACCGAAGGCGUGAUUACAACAACGGAACAGAAAUACCGCGAGUACAAGGCAGGUGGGCUCAAGAUCCGCAAGCGCGACGGGGGGGAGAUCAACGUCCGUGACUCCGCCAAGAACAUCAUUCUCUAUGCAUUGCAGGCGCAGGAGCUUGUCAAGACAUUGGCGUCGUUCGAUCCGACGGGCCAUGUAUCAAGUGCAUGGUCGAUUGUUUCAUUCGGGCUGACGCUGCUCCAAAAUAACUUCCAACGUCGGGACGACAUAUUCGAGGCAGCCGAGUAUCUCGCCCGCAACCUUGCCUACUAUGCGAUCGUGGACAGUCAUUAUCGGGAAAGACAGGUGGGGAGCGAUCGUGGUCUGGAAGAUGCUCUGGUUGAGGUCUACAUGGCAAUUCUUCAGUACGCGGCGGAGGUGAAAGAGGCAGAAAAAGAAAGCAAAGCUACCCGCUUCAUGAGAAGCAUCACGGCCCUGAUUCAACAGCCGCUCCAGGAUCUCAAGAAUACCAUCGAAAGCAAAGCACAGGCAGUUCAGAAGUGGACAAGACUUACGGAAGAUCUAGACCGCAGGAGAGAAGCCGAAAGCAUGCUGGACGGAAUUGAUGAAGCGGUGGAAAGGCUGAAAAAUAUCCAAUCACACGCCAGAAGCGUGCAAGACCUAGAGAUCCUGGACUGGUUGUCCACGGCAUCUUAUUCGGACUCCCAAAACAACGCUCAACACCGCCGGGCAUCAAAUACGGGGGAUUGGUUUCUCAAUCUACCCGAGUAUAAAGAAUGGAAGGCCACGCCUGGGAAGAUUUGUUGGCUUUAUGGAGCAGUCGGAUGCGGAAAAUCGGUUCUUUGUUCCACAAUUAUCCAAAACAUUGCGGACUACUGCGAGCCGGAUUCGACAAGGCAUUUUGCCUACUGGUACUUCCAGUUCAGUAAUGACGAAACACAGAAGGUGUACAAUAUGAUCAGGUCCAUACUGCGACAAUUCAUGCCAAGAACACUUCCUGCGUCUGUAGUCAAGCUGUGGGAAGAGCAUCGCCAUCGAGGCAGUAAGCCACAACAGCAAAAGCUUGCAGAGAUUCUUGACGUUGUGCUGGAGACCUCCCAGGGUCAUUUCUUCCUCAUCCUUGAUGCUCUGGACGAGUGCCCCGCGAAAGCCGGUGAACGGGGGUCGCUAUUGCGAUUCCUCGAAGGACUGUGGGAAAGGCAUCAAGCCAAGCUACAUAUUAUUGCUACGAGCCGACCAGAGCCUGAUAUACGCUCGAGGCUGAAACAAUAUCAAUGUGUGAAUCUGGAGACUGGAUUGGCGGAAGAUGUGGAAGCUUUUGUCCGGGCUCAAGUUGCCCACGGCAGGUUGUGUGAAUGGGACGAGUCAGUCAAGACGCGGACCUUGGAGAAAUUGCUUGAUAUUCCGGAACGCAGGCGCUUUCGCUGGGCUGAUUUGCAAAUAAAGCGUCUUGAAGAGUCCAAGACCAAAGCUGCAUUCCUUAGAGCUCUUGAUUCCAUUCCAGUCACACUAGAGGAUACCUAUAGAGACACCCUCGAAAGACUCGCACCAGAUGAUCGAAACGCAGCUCGCACAAUUUUGAUCUGGCUCUGCUUUUCUGCCGAUCCGCUGGACUUGAAGACCGUCGCGGAUGUUGUGUCUUUCCGGUUUCCGGAGGAUGUUGUGACAACCUGCACUACUUCCUUGGUCACUCUGAGCAUUUCUGAUAAUACUGUCAGAUUGGCUCACUUCUCCGUGAAAGAGUUUCUGGUUUGCAAUGAGACUGAGUGUCGAUGGUAUCAGUUCUCAACUCUAUCUGGUCACGAUGCCAUAGCAAAUCAAACUAUCGACAGCCUGCUGGAAACCACCAAGCCCAUAACAAAAGUCUCUGCCAUGCAACAGCCACUACUUUUAUACGCUGCCAAGUAUUGGGAUCGUCAUCUGGCAGAACUCGGAGAUCUGCACGCUGAUUCUACCGGUCUCCAGGUGAAGGUUGACCGCUUGUUCACAGAGCGGGAUACUUACGCUAACUGGCAGCGCUUGAAAAGUGCUGAGUGGGAUUACAUAUGGCAUUAUUCAUUCGAAAACCUCGCUCCGCCUCUGUCAUGUGCGUCAAAAAAAGGAUUGAAAUCAACAGUCCAGAUGUUACUUGCGAAAGGCGCGAAUCCGCUGGAGUCACAUCCUAGGUUGCUUGGGUAUGACGCAUUGUAUGAAGCCGCAAGUAGAGGCCACUUGGAUGUUUUAAGAUUGUUGAUAUGUAGCAUGGAUGAGAUACCUCACCAAGGACCGACUAGACGCCUGCUGCAGUUUAUUGAGGCUACUGAAGCUGACAGAGACAAUUUAGCGGCCAUCUUAGACCUGCUCUGGAACAAGGGUGCUUUACAUGAUCGAUCAAGAGCGUUGCGCAAGGUUAUUGAUGAGAAAGUAGCGGAAUAUGCAGCGUCCAAUUGGAAUGGGUCAAGCCAGGUGUUAAUAGACCUACUCCUGGAUCGACAAGAGAAAUGGGGUGUCAAGAUAACUGAAAGAGUGGUGGAAGCUGCUUUGUGCGAUACAUGCUGUGGCGAAGGGAUCGUGCACUCGCUGUUGAACAGGUGUGACACAGUCAUACAGCGUACGCCAAGAUGGAUGCAGAAGCUUAUUUCGGCAUCUAGUAAUGAUGCUACAAUGGCCACUCUGAGAAAGCGGGUGAAUGAUAUCAUUUUGGAUGAAGAAUGUGUUGAAGGUUUUGCAACGGGAAGGAAAGACGCAAUGGAGCUGCUUUUGCAUGAGCGUGGAAAGGAAAUUCAAAUCACCCAGAAAGUGCUGAUCACAGCCGCCAGGUUCGCACGUGAUCCACAGACAGUAAGCUUACUUCUUAACAGUCGGGAGCCUGGAACAGAUAUCAGCAAAGAGGUCUUAUUGGCCGCUGCAGGGAACACGUUAUCAGGCAAUGAAAUCAUGAAUAUAUUGCUUGAUAAGAACGACGAAGGCACUGUUAUUGACGAUGAGAUCAUCCAGAUCAUUACAGGAAAUGAGAGCGAAGGCUUGGAAAUGAUAAAGACACUUCUUCGAAGACAGCAGGCGGGCUUUGUGGUUACCGAGCAGGCAUUUUGCAACGCUGCUGAACGUCACAAUCGGGAAAUGCUUGAGCUUCUGGUGCAUAAUAUCAGUGGCUCCAAGCUUGAUCUUCCCAUCACAGGGAGGACUUUACGCUGCGUCGCUGAGAAUUAUUUUCAUGGAAAGGACUUGAUGGUAUAUCUAUUUGAUCUCCAAGGUCACAGUCUUCCCGUCUCAGAGGAUACAUUGGUAUCGAUUGCAGACGUGGAUUCCUUCACCGCAGACUAUGUGCUCACGUUCAUCUUGGAGAGAUGGUCCAAAACUCCUGUAACUGACCGACUCUUGGAAGCGGCAUGUUGUCUGCCUAACACCAUUGGGCUGCUAUUGGAUCGCCGGUCUGACCGACUUCCAGUCGAAAGAAUGGUCCACAAAAUAGCAAAGGACCGGAAGCACGAUGGAAGGGGACUGAAGGUGCUUCUCGAUCGGCAUCUUGUGGAAGUGAACGAGUGGCUGGUAGAAAUGACUGCCGGCAACUUCUAUACUCUAGAGGUCAUUCGCAACAGGAAUCCCGAAUUUCCAGUGACAUCAAGGAUAGUCGUCACCGCCGCAAGAAACUUCGAUGCAAUGAGAAUUGUACUCUACAGACAGAAGAACCAAGUCGUGAUCACGGAAGAAGUGAUCAAAGCUUCAUUGGUGGGAUUACACUCGGAUAAAGUCAUCAGCUUAUGCCUGACUCGCCUGGGCCCUAAGGCUGUGUCGUUCACGGAGGAUGCUUUGAUCUGUGCUAUUCAGAAUAACAAAAUUCAGGCUCUAGAGCUGUUAUUGGAACAACGUCGCCAUCUCAAUCUCAGCGCAGUCUGGGAAGCAAUAUGGCAAGAUCCUGGGAUUGACCCAUCUUUUGUGGCUGAGGCAGCAGAUGCUCUUUUCCAAUAUGCCAAGUUUGAUGUCUCGGAUAGGAUGCUGGAAAGAUUACCAUCUGAGUGUUUUGACAAUUUUAUCCGCUCGUGUAUGCAGUACCGGGUACCGUUGCCGACCACGGAGGCAGCAUUCGAGUUGAUUGUGGAAAGAUCGGAUUUUAAUACCGUCGAUAUAUUCCUAGAGGAUCAUCCUGACUUCCCUAUCACCGAGAGACACUUUGAAGCUGCUGAGAGGAACUCACGAAGAUACAUAGACAAAGAUGGUUUGCUGUUGCUCCUCUCGACCAAGUCAAGUUUAUUUUGA